AUGGACAGCAUAACCCCAGAUCACCAAGGGGAUUCUAUCACAAUGUUCCCAAAUGAGCUGCCUGGAAAAGCCGAGGCAUUGAUUGAUAGCAAUGGAGAUCUUUCUUUAGACAUUAAACAAGCAUGGAAUCAACUUCGCAGUACAGCCACAACUUCCUCUUAA